AUGAGUCCGAUCCUACUAUUAAGGUUCAUAAGGAAGUUCCUGCUGUUCCUGGAGAAGCGAGCCUUGGCCCUGGAGAAUGCAGAACCUACUACUGCCACCAAGACUCACUACAAGCCGGUGGUGAAUGUCGCUACACCUGCAGCUCUUUCAUGUGCUUAUUCCCAACAUAGGGAUACUGAGUCAAAUAUGCAACCAACCUUUAACACUGAAAGUGACGACAGCCAUGAUACACUGAUCAGAAAAAGGAAGAAAGAACAAGUUCAUAAAGAAAAAGAUUUGAGUGCAGUAGAUAGAAGAAUGAUUCAAUUUAUCGAUUCUAUGCAAAAAGAAGAAAAGAAAACCGAUGACAGCAGAAUUAUGUCAUUUUUCAAGAGUAUUGCUCCAACAAUAGUGAAGUUCAGUGAUGAUGAAGUUGUCGAAUUUCAAUAUCAAGUUAUUUCAAUAUUACGGAAUUUUAAACAAAGAAAUAUAAAUAGCAACACCAGAAUCUCAAAGUAUACACCUGCAAGAAUCCAUCCAACUUCAGCCAACCUAUGA